UACUGUACAAAGCUAAUCGAAUUUGGUGUAUACUGUAUACUUGUGUUAGGAUUUGGAUGGUGUAAGGUUAUAUAUAAUAUUGAUACGUGCUUAAUGUAACAUAAGCGACAUUUAUCGACAAAAGUCCAAUAAAAUAUUGUAUUUGGUUAAAGCAUAUAAGAUGAGCGAACCGAUAAGUAAGAAGACCCUUUCGGAGCUAGCGGAGAGUGUGGUAACUAUCGAUAAGGAUCGAUUGAUGGCUAUGAACAGUUUCGCUGGCAACAUGCCCGAUCCUAUGUAUGACACUAUGACGGCAGCGUUGCUUCUGCUAGGCGAGGAAGACCCGGACUUGGGUGGAAUAUAUUACAGCGUGACAAGAAAUGACGGCAAAGGCUUUACCGACUUGGUGGUAGACUACGACCCCGGCGACGUUUCAGACGCAACGAAGGCGAAGGCCAAAGAGUUGUUGUCGAAAUUUACACUGCAAUACGUCGAAAGAGUUAAUACCAUGUGCGCUAUUGUGUUUGAAUGGGCUGUAGCCGCAGCAAACGCUUAGGCCGGGAAGCAUAACGCAUUUGAUGUCCGUCAGAACGCCAGGCUGGAUAUGGUCGAUGGACGGUUUUGGAGAGUUUACAAUUUUUAAUAACGAUCGCUGUGAUUUUUAACACGUGGAAGUAACGGACUGUGUGACAAUCAUUUAACAAGGCUACACAUCAGGAUCUGAGAAAUAUCUGACAACGAGUCCGUGGAAAAUCAAAGCUUUGGCUACAUGGUUUUAAAAGUGAAAAUUAAAUUAGAUAAAAUGAACUUGCAACUGUGUUCAUCAUUGAGAUGUUCGCCGAAAACAACUAUUGAAAUAUAUAGCUAGACAUAACUAUUGUAUGCAAUAUUUCUUUGCUAUGAUCUAUUUUAGAACAGAAUAUGUUUAGUUGUAAAGGACAUAAUAUCAAUACUUUUCGAAUGUAGAAAUCAUUUGGGUGAGUAAUUAAUGGCUUGAUUUUUUUUUCGAAAACCAGACAUUCAUUUAUUUGUCUAACGUUCUGUUUGUAAGAAUUGGAAAUUAAAGACACAGCAUUUACAAA